CAUAUAUUUUAGUGAAGAGGUUGAAGCGUUCUCUACCAGCUCCGGGUUGGAAAACUGGACAUCUACCUGCUCCUUUCAUGCUAGGGAACACACGCUUUUGCAAGCAUUCUGGCGCCGAGCUAAAAUUUGGAGAAGUAGAGACGAAGGAGGAAAAAUGAAUGACGGAGUGACCGUUUAAUUUCGAUUUUACACUUUCUGCAAUUGUUCAUUGGUAUUUUUCCCCCACAUCUUGCAUAAGCACGUUGGUUUGGCUCGAAUGAAUUACGAGAAUCACUUGUGUUCACCACAGAGUUGAUGUGCAAAGCGACGGGACACAGCAAGAGUAUCACGGAUGUCUCUGAGCAGGGAUAAACGUCAAGCCUUAACUAACCUCAUGAAGUGAUUGAACGUUAACCUGAACGACUGAGAAGGAUUUAUGGCAAGAUACAACUUAUGGAUUUGAUUUCUUCUGCGGUUUUUAACCCGUACGUCGGGGUAUUGUUCAAUGCGCUGGCAAUUGUUACAAAACGCUGAAACAAUCAUGAGCGUUAUGCUGCUUUUUAGUACCUCGGCGCACAGGAGGGUCUGAUUUCCAUGAUGUCGGGGGUCUACGGAAAAUGAUUACUGUGAACACAGACGGUAAAAUAAUGGUCAGAAGAUGCCUUGUGACGUUCAAACCGUUCAGGAUUUUCGUGGUGGGGGUCGGCUUCUUCAGCCUGUGCUUUCUAAUGACGUCCCUGGGGGGCCAGUUCUCGGCCAAGCGACUGGGGGACUCUCCCUUCACCAUCAGAACGGAAGUGCUGGGGGGACUGGAAUCCCGCGGGGUCCUGCGCAAAAUCAGCGACAUGCUGGAGGUCAUCCUGAAGAGGAUCGACGCCCUGGCCAAGCUGGGCAACGCCAGCGACUCCCGCAGGCUGGAGGAGCUCAGCUCCGCCAUCAACAGGUUUCAGCCAGCAGGGCUGGUGGAGAGGAUCCAGGCCAUUGCCCAGAACGUGUCCAACAUGGCGGUGCGUGUGGAGCAGAUCCUGCAGCACAGUAUGGCGGCAGGCAGAGUGAUUAGAGAUGGUUCAGCGGGUCAGUGUGAGGUUCCCAAGGACCCCCAAUAUCCGGACUGCGCCAGCAAAGUGGAUUGGAUGCGGGCCCGCUGGACCUCCGACCCGUGUUAUGCCUUCUAUGGUGUGGAUGGCUCGGACUGCUCGUUCCUCAUCUACCUGAGUGAGGUGGAGUGGUUCUGCCCCCCUCUGGUCUGGAGGAACCACACCAAACCCCCGACCCAGAAGACAUUCAGCAAGAGACAGGCGGCCUUCCGCGCGGACGUGGGCUCGCUCCUGGAGCAGGUGGGGACGGGCAAGGAGUCGCUCAGCUUCAUGAAGAGACGCAUCCGGCGCCUGGCCUCGCAGUGGGGCACGGCCGCCCGGCGGCUCGACCGCAAGCUGCUCGGACGCUGGAGGGAGCAGAAGAAGGUCUUGGUCCACGUGGGCUUCCUGACGGAGGAGUCCGGGGACGUGUUCAGCCCCAAGGUGCUGAAGGGGGGGCCGCUGGGGGAGAUGGUGCAGUGGGCCGACAUCCUGACCGCCCUGUACGUCCUGGGACACAACCUCAAGAUCUCCUUCUCUGUGAAGGAGCUGCAGGGGUUUCUUGGCGUUCCCCCAGGAAGAGGAAGCUGCCCCCUGACAGGACCUUUGCCCUUUGACCUGAUCUACACUGACUACCACGGACUGCAGCAGAUGAAGCAGCACAUGGGCCUCUCUCUGAAGAAGCACAAGUGUCACAUCCGAGUCAUCGACACGUUUGGCACGGAGCCGGCCUAUAACCACGAGGAGUACGCCACGCUGCACGGCUACAGGACCAACUGGGGCUACUGGAACCUCAACUCCCGGCAGUACAUGACGAUGUUUCCUCACACACCAGACAACUCGUUCAUGGGCUUUGUUUCGGAGGAGCUGAACGAGACCGAGAAGCUGAGCAUCCAGAGGAACAAGGUGGACAACAUGGCCGUGGUGUACGGGAAGGAGGCCGGCAUGUGGAAGCUCCAGGGCAAGGAGCGCUUCUUGCAGAUCCUGCACCGGUACAUGGAGAUCCACGGCACGGUGUACUACGAGACGCAGCGCCCCCCGGAGGUGCCCGCCUUCGUCAAGAAUCACGGCCUGUUGCCGCAGCAGGAACUCCAGCAGCUCCUGCGCAAGGCCAAGCUCUUCAUCGGAUUUGGCUUCCCCUACGAGGGCCCGGCACCUCUGGAGGCCAUAGCCAAUGGGUGUGUCUUCCUGCAGCCUAAGUUCCGCCCUCCCCACAGCUCGCUCAAUCACGAGUUCUUCAGGGGGAAGCCAACUUCCAGAGAGGUGUCCUCUCAGCACCCCUACGCUGAGCAGUACAUCGGGAGGCCCCACGUCGUCACCGUGGACUUCAACAACUCCCAGGAGUUCGACUCCGCCGUGCGAGAGAUCAUGCGGACCCAGGUGGAGCCCUACCUGCCCUAUGAGUACACCUGUGAGGGGAUGCUGGAGAGAGUGCACGCCUACAUUCAGCACCAGGACUUCUGCGUCCCCGAAACUCCCGCGUUUCCGGCGGCCAACAGCUCCAGGCCGUGGCCUGGGGGCCCGGCCGGCCCCUUCGUCAUCCUGCCCAACUCCACCGGGCUGGGCUGGGCCCCCAACGCCAGCGCCCCCCCCUGCUGGCCCCCGCUGAGCGCCCUGCAGCUGCUGGUGUCGGAGGAGGGCCAGUCCUGCGUGGAGGCGUGCCGGCGCGGGGGACUGGUGUGCGAGCCCGCCUUCUUCCCCUUCAUCAACAACAAGGAGGCCCUCAGCCGGCUGGAGGUGCAGUGCGAAGGCCUGGAGGCGGAGCUGAACCACGUCUUCCCCGCCUUCUCCGCGCCGCAGCGGGAGUGCGGCCUGCAGAAGGAGCCGCUGCUCUUCAGCUGCGCGGGCGCCAGCGCCAAGUACCGCCGCCUCUGCCCCUGCAGGGACUUCCGCAAGGGCCAGGUGGCGCUGUGCCGGGACUGCCUAUGAUGAGGCCGCCGUGCCGCCUCGCCCGGCCCCCGCCCAGCCCCGCCCCGCCCCCGAAAACCCUGACCCCGCCUCCCAAGUUCCAGCGCCAUCACCCGCCCGGGAAGGAGAGAGCGCGCCCAGCCCGGAAGAGUAAGAGGAAGGGGAAUCCGAGGGGGAGGUGGCCUGGCGCUGCCGUGCGCCGGCGUGGUGUCGUCGUGGUAACUAUGCAGCCGGGGGGCAACAGCAGCGGAACCGGACCAGAGGAGCUCCGUCUCUUGCAUCAUUUCCUUCAGGGAUCGUGGGUGAGGUAUGGCGUACUGGUUACACCUCGAACCCGGUCCCCCGCGUCAGCUCGCCUUGAUGCUGGCUUCAGCAGCGUAGGAUGUAAAUCAAUGGGAUCACCUGGCUGGGGUGGACACAAGAGAAUCCACCGUGCCCCAGAAACUCACACUUCACUAAACUUCUCAUCCAAGUGUGAUCUAUUUAUUUAUUUAUUUAUUUUCUUGUGAUACCUCUCACCAUGACUAUUAAUCAAAAGUGGUAACGUGCUUGAGAUGGGCAGGGCUGUGGACUGGCGGUGUCCCAUCUGGACGGUGGGGGGGGGGGGGGGGGGUACGCCAAAGUUUAAGGAUUCGGGUUUAUUGUGAAGUCUGUCCGGGAAGUGUUAGCAGUGCAUGAGUCCAAAGAGGAGAUCAAUGCUGAGCGCUUCAGCCGUUGCCGCUGCUGUGAUUGGUGGACCCUGGAGCUCCGCACCUCGCUCUCGACCCCCCCCCCCCCC